AUGCACGAGAAUAUAGGAGCAAGAGUUUUUGGAAAAAAUCUUGAAAAUCAAAUAGAUAAGGCAUAAAAGAUUUUAAAAUGCAAAAAAGAUAUAAUAAUUGAUGAAUUGGGAGGGAAAGAGAAUAUAAUUAAUGAUGCAAUUUGGAAUAAGGAAGGUUAACAUAAAUUAGACUCUCCUUAACUUGUUACAUUAUAUUAAUAAGAAAUCUAUGAAUUUUUAUAUGAAAAAGAAAAAAAUAUGGGAGAACCAAAUUUUCAAUUGUCUUCCACUAAAAUUAAUGAUACUGUCAGAGCUACUACUGUACAUUAUAGUAUUAAAAAAUAGGUUAGAUACAUAUUGAAAAUAGUUAGAUGCUUUAAUUUAAAGGCUGAAACCCUUUUUUAAACAGUGGAUUUGAUGGAUUAAAGUAUUUAGCUUAUAAAUCCUGAAAUAAGAGAUUUGGAGCUUAUUUCAUUAACAUGUUUAUUUAUUGCAUGUAAAUAUGAAGAAAUCUAUCCACCUCCAUUAGAAGCUCUAUUAAGAUCUACUGAUAUAUAGAUUAAAGAUGUUAUUGAAAUGGAAAAAGAAAUACUUAAUAAAUUAAAUUUUAAUGUCAUUAGUGAUAAUACUUUAGUAUGGUUAUAAUUAAUUGGAGAAUUGCUAUGUUACAAUUGUAAGUAUUCUCUUUAAAUAAAAUUAAGAUGUAUGUAAGUCAAAUUCUCAACUUAUUAUUAGGAAUUUAGCUGAGAAAAGUUUAAUUUCUUCAUUAUUCUUGAAUCAUAAAAAAUCUGUAAUUGCUUUGAAUAUAUUCAUGGCUGUGGAAAUCAAUUUAGGUUGUCAAAAUACAUAAUUUUAAUGGGAAAGAUUAACUUAACAUUAGAAACCAAACAAUGAAUCAAAAACACUUAAAUUGUUGACUUAUAUUUUGAAAAAUAAAUGA